AUGGCAGAGGCAUUCAAAUUCAGACUGCUUCAAUCCACUCCCUACUAUGCUCAAGCUAAUGGACAGGCAAAAUCAAGCAACAAAGUAAUUAUCAACAUUCUCAGAAAAAUGCUUGAGAAAAAUCCGAAGCAAUGGCAUGAGAAGCUAUCAGAAACUCUGUGGGCAUAUAGAACUUCAAAGAGAGAAGCAACUGGCAUGACCCACUAUGCUCUAACUUAUGGCCAUGAUGCAAUUCUGCCUAUGAAGAUAGCUGUUCAGUCCCUUAAAAUUGCUCACCAACAUGAUCUGGUUGGAGAAAAUUACUCUCAAACCAUGCUACUAGAACUAGAAGGAUUGGAUGCAAGCAGAAUUGACACCCUCAAUAAACUACUGGCAGGAAAGCAAGCUGUGUCAAGGGUCUACAACAAAAAAGUAAAGAACAAGAGUUUCGAGGAAGGAGAGAUAGUCUGGAAAGCAGUUCUGCCCCUUGGAACACAUGUGGCUGGUUAUGGAAAGUGGUCACCUACAUGGGAAGGCCCUUUCAUAAUCAACCAGAUCCUUGGAAUGGGGGAAUACAGGUUGCAAGAUAGAGAUGCAGAAAUUCAUGCAGCCCCAAUCAACGGCAAAUGGUUAAAGAAGUUUUAUCCAACCAUGUGGGAUUCACAAGCUGUACAAACAGAUCCUGGGAUAGAGAAUGGACAACACUAA